AUGUCGGAGAUCGUGUGUGAUGAUGAUUCAGCUGAGAAUUACCCAGAUUUAGCGGAUCCAUUGAGUGAAGAUGAUGAAUUGGACUCUGAUGAAGAGGAGGAGUACCGACGGCAAAUCCGAGAGUCCGAUGGUUUCGAUGUGGAAUGGUUUCCUCGUCCAGGUUGUGGAAUAUUUCCCUACAAAAUUAGAGAUAACUAUACACCUUUCAAUCUCGCUCUUCACAGUAGACUAGGGCUUCACUGUUACAAUCUUCAGAAGGGAACAAACCUUAAACUAAUCGGCGUGCAGAAAUUCAACCAUGGGAUGGGUACGCCUGUGACGUACUACAUCACGAUGGAUGCAGCAGACGCAGACAACAACAACGCUCGUUGCACUUUCCAAACGUGUACAGAGGAGCAUCCAUUUAAGAAAACCAACACAAGGUUGGAGUCUUUUGUACCACUGAAGAUCAAGAAGGUGAUUAUGCAGACUCGUGAAAGCGGAGAAGAGCCACCGAGCCUGAAGCUCAAGGCCAGCAACGCAAUCUUCUUCAUGAGUUUCAAGUGCAAUGGCGAUCGUCCGAGUGGUAAGCGUCUCGACUACCAAGCAAUGGUACGGACAACAAUGGAUGGGAAGCCGGGACACAUUCGUCUAGAAGUUGAUUGUUGGGCCGGUACACCAUAA